UUGGAACCUUUCACCAGCACUUUGUUUAAAACAUCUCCAAAUAGGGGCUUAGAUAGUUAAUGUGUUAGGUAGACACGUUUGGACCUGACAGCUGAUCCGUUUAGCAGCACUGUCACUGUAUCCUCCAUUUCUUUCUUUGCAACAACUGGCAUCUGUCAUCUUUUAUAUUUCCCACUCACUAUCUGUUCUCUCCAAAACCCAUAACCCCCUAAUCCCCCUCUGUCAACUAUAGACCAUGCUGGUCCAGAUGUGGUAUCCCAUCACAGUAGCCACCAUCUCCAGGGAGUUUAAGAAGAUCCUGGCCAAGCACCUGAAGGCCACCUCUGGGAGCCUGGAGGGUCUGGACCUGAAACUGCAUGACUUUGGCUACAGAGGAGUCUCCUCACAGGAGUCUGCAGCGUUGGGUGGAGCGGCCCACCUGGUUAAUUUCUGCAGUACAGACACCGUGGCUGGGCUGCUGAUGGCUCAGCGCUACUACAGCUGCCCGAUGGCCGGCUUCUCCAUUCCAGCAGCAGAGCACAGUACCAUCAUCUCCUGGGGGAGGAGCAGAGAGAAGGAGGCGUUUGAGCGAGUCCUGGACCAGUUCUCCUCAGGGCCGGUGUCUGUAGUCAGUGACAGCUACGACAUCUUUCACGCCUGUAAACACAUCUGGGGGGACGAGCUGAAGGAGCGCGUGAUGGAGCGCAGCCAGGACUCCUGCCUGGUCAUCAGGCCGGACUCUGGAGACCCCGCAGAGACCCUCAUCGAGGUCAUCAAGAUUCUUGAGGAGCGUUUUGGCUGUUCUCUGAACUCUGUGGGAUUCAAGGUUCUGCCUUCCUACCUGCGGAUCAUUCAGGGAGACGGUAUCGACCUCGUCUCAGUGGAAGAGAUUCUCACGAAGCUGAGUGAUGAAGGCUGGAGUGCUGAGAACGUCUUCUUUGGUUGUGGCAGUUCCCUGCUCCAGAAACUCAACAGAGACACACUCAGCUGUGCCUUCAAGUGCAGCUAUGUGGAGACU